AUGACUUUUUCGAGCAAUUUGUUCUUACCAAUUCGUCUGUUCGUACUUGUAGUUGGUAGCAACUGGGUUCGCGUGCAACAUCGAUAUUCGAUUGGUGGCAAAUUCACUUAUGCAGAAAAUAAAGCUACUACAACUGUGAAUCUUUUGACCGGUAAAACUAAUAUCACAUUUCAAGAAACAAUCUGCACAGAACGCAUGGUUGAAGUUGAAGAUGAACUACGUGGUACGAGCGGUGAAGUAGAAAAGUCUUGCACCCGCGCUCGCUUUAUUCCUCCUGAUAAACUCGCAAAAACAUGUAUACUUUUUUCAAGAACCCUUGACGAAUUGAAAAUGUUAACUAACAAAUCCAUAGAUUACUCAGUUGGAGAUAACUGGUCGAACAAAAUAAUGGAGAGUACUUUCAUACAUGCAACUGUAACUCGUCUGAUUGGAUAA